CGUUAAUUUCUACUAAAAUUAAUCUCGUCUUGUCGAAACACAAGAUUCCUGAACCAAAACAGCAGCGAUCUCUCGUCUUAUACCAAGGUAGGAAUUCUUGCAUUUGUGGAGCAUGGACUGUAAUAUGGACAAUCAAACUCCAAUUUCUGCAGAAGAGCCAAGUCCAUCACAAGAAAUUAGAAACUGGCUUGAGUUGCCAUCUGAUGUUAUAUUUCAUAUAUUUCUGAAAUUAGGGGCAAUUGACAUCUUAUUUAGGGCUCAAUCAGUAUGUUCUCUGUGGCGAAAAGUUUCCAAAGAGCCUCUGCUGUUCCGUUCUAUAGAAUGCGUAAUAGAUCAGAUUUGUUGGAUGAUAGCUUGUACAAUGUAGAAAAGAUGGCAAGAGAAGCUGUGGCCAGUUGGUUGACUUCGCUAUGGAUGAUUUUGGUAGCGAUGAGCUCUUAGCUCAUAUUGCUGAUAUGUCUGGUGAAUUAAGAUGUCUUCGGCUUGUAUCUUGCCAUCAAGUUAGGGGUGAAGCGUUGUUUGCCAUGGCCAAGAAAGCUGUCAUGCUGGAAGAACUUGAAAUAUGCCAUUGUUCUCUCUCAGAGGAUACACUUAUAGGUGUUGGUAAUGCAUGCCCUCAGUUAAAAUCGUUGUGGCUCCACCGUCGAGGCUACAGGUGGCCGCACAUAGAGUGUGAUAAUGAGGCACUAGCCAUAGCAGGUAACGUGCCUGAACUGCGUCACCUUCAUCUUUUUGGGAAUAAAUUGACAAAUGUGGGCUUGAAGGCCAUUCUCGAUGGCUGCCUGCACCUUGAAUCUCUGGACCUCCGUCAGUGCUUCAACAUUAAUCUAGAAGGGGAUCUGCUGAAGAGUUGUAGAGACAGGCUUAUAAAAGUAAAGCUCCCUAAUGACUCCACUGAUGACUGUGAAUUUGAUGCUGCAAUUGAUGAUAGAUCUUAUGAAUUUCCUGAGGGCAGCUGCUACUCCGAAUUAGAUCAUGGAAUAUUUAGUGACGAUGAUUUCGGGUACAACCCAAGCUUUGAUUUCGAUCAAUACGACCCUGACUUGAUUUAUGACAAUGAAUUGCCAUUCGACCAAGACUACUAUGGUUAGUUCUGUAAAGUAUUGGUUUAUGACUGUGUGAAUGGGUGUCCUCUUACAAAAUGGUUUUCCUCUUACGAAAUGGGUGACUAGUGUCACUUCCUUGUCUCUUAGAUAGAUUUCUUCAUUGUAUCAAAUGAUGUUUCCUGUUUUAGGAACAAUGAGGGCUUUGAGUCGUGGCUACAGCCUACAGGUAUCCACACAGAGAACGGUGAACAGGAGGCACUAGCCAUUGCAGAGAACAUGCCUCAGCUGGUCGUCUUCAUCUUUUC